AUGGUCAAGACUUUCUUCGACGUUGCUGCUGACGGAAAAAUCGUGUUCUCCUUGUACGAUGACGUUCCAAAGACCGCCGAAAACUUCAGAGCCCUGUGCACUGGAGAGAAGGGCUUUGGCUACAAAGGCUCCAUCUUCCACAGAGUCAUUCCCGACUUCAUGUUGCAGGGUGGAGACUUCACCAACUUCAACGGAACCGGUGGCAAGAGCAUCUACGGCUCCAAGUUCCCAGACGAGAACUUCAACCACAAGCACUCGAAGCCGGGUCUGCUGUCGAUGGCCAACGCCGGCCCAAACACCAACGGCUCGCAGUUCUUCAUCACGACUGUUCCAUGCUCGUGGUUGGACGGCAAGCACGUUGUUUUCGGCGAGGUUGUCGAGGGCUUCGACGUUGUCAAGGCCGUCGAGAAGCUCGGCUCUGGAUCCGGCGCCACGCGUGCCAAGAUCGAGAUCACCGACUCUGGUGAGCUCUAA